GAUAUGAAUUUGGACAUGGUUGGUGUUUUAUUAUUUUAAUCUCAAGAUCUGUGCAAACUAUAACGUUGUUGUCAUUGUGCCAAGGUCCAAUCUGGAACGCAAAGGACCAAUGCGCUCAGAAUUUGCCCCCACACGGACACAUUUACCAUUCAUUAGCCACGUAGCGGCGAUGGCAGCUCUGAGGACGGUGAGUCCAAAGAUCACACUCUUAUAUCACUAUUGUCUGUUUAUCUCGAUCGUCUCUGUAAAUAGUUAACAAUGUGGGGCUAAUGUGUUGAACAAGUAACAGUUAAUGGACCUCCACUAUUUACUUUUUAAACUGAUGUGCUACUAGUCCCGCACUGCUUCACCUUCAGUCUACCAUCAGCUAACGUUACACAGGCGCAGCUAGCUAGUAGUAAUGUUAGCUAGCAGCUAACAGUAGUACUGCUUCUGGUUAUUCAAGUUGGCAGUGUGGACAUAAAGCGUGCAGUCACAGAUGGAUAGGGUAUCUUUGCGCCAGUAAUCGGAGCGGGAGUGAUAAAUAAAUGUGUGGCGUUAAAAAUACAAUUGUAGCUAGGGCUAGUCGUAGCUAGCUUUCACAAAUGUUCAUUAUCAUGCAAAAUAACAACGCAACAAUGAAGGUUUAGGCUGGAUUACAGUAAUCCCAGUCUUUAGCCAGUCAGAUCAACUACAGAUUCAAGUUUUGAAAUGUGAAGGUUGCUUUUUACUUUUGCAUGGCAAUAGUGUCAAGUUACGUUUCAUUGUAAAGAGGUGGUGUUCCCCUAGAAAUGGCAUGCUUGUUAUGAGUUGUUUGCCACGUCUCCAACACACAAACACUCUCUCUCUGCAUACCUUCACCAGACAGGCCAAAACUAAUUUGAAGUGAACUAUUAGAAUAAUACUUUCUCUUCUAUAGCUCUGUAUCACUAUGGAGCUGUGAGCAAUUUUUUUGUCACUUGGCUUUUAGUGAUGCAGCCAGUGUGUGAUGUGAAACUAUUUACAGCGUACUGCUUGGCUCAAGCUGUCCCUCACACACACCACAGACAUAGUGCAGGUACUGAACAGAACACACACACUCAGGCCAGACACAUUUGGUGCUUUGCUGGUUCACAUCUAUCCAGAGUGACAACAUUGUCACCUUGGCUGAGAAGGCAGUUUUCCAAUGUGGGAGUAGAUUGUAUUUCAAUGCUCUUAGUAGGUUCUUUAUCAUAAUGUGAAUUCUGGUCGCUGAUAUUCUUUUAACUUUGUCAGGAUUAUUAAAUGUAGUGUUUUCUCUGGUUUAUUAGGCACUUCAUGGACGGUUCAUUCAAGCCAUCCCCUUCUCCUUGGGGUCGUUGCGGUUUGCCAGCUCAUUCAAGGUAAUAUAUAAAGGAGAAGUAACGACCAGACACUGAAACAGUUUCCUGUCUCAUUGUAUUACUCUCUAUUGUCUGAGUCAUCACAACCCCCAGCACAGGAGGUUUUUAGGAGCUUGGCAUGACUCUAAAGGCACGGCCUGUUUAAGAGGCCUGCUGAAGCUUGUUUACAGGCAGAAGUAAGUGUCAUUUGGCACCAGUACAGUAGCCCACCAGUCAGCCCAGGGCUCUUUUGAUCUAACUUUUUCUUAGUCCACCACGUGACUCUGUACCCUUUCUUCCCUUCUCUCACUUCCUUGCGCUUUGAUUAUUUAAUUAAGUUUAAUUGAAGUGCUUAAUUGGCUCCCAAGACCAACAUUAAUUCCCGCUCAAAGCAUGCCCUUUCGAUUACAAUAAAGAAAAUCAUUGUGUUCGGCCCUCGCUCUGUUCCUUUCCCCCUGUCUGUCCGUCUGUCUCUUUUGCUCCGCCCCUCUUCCUCUCUCAGGCCGCAGACCUCACUAUCGAGCACAACACUGCGGGGAAGCCCAAGCCAGACCCCGCCUCCCUGGUGUUUGGCAAACAGUUCUCUGAUCACAUGCUGACCAUCUAUUGGUCAGAGAAAGCAGGCUGGAAGGUUCCACAGAUCAAGCCCUUUCAGAACCUGUCGUUGCACCCUGCCACCUCUGCCCUGCACUACUCCAUAGAGGUGAGAGAAGGAGCCCCAGCCAAAUGUCUCUCCUAUGUCUGCACUAUGUUAGCCUCGUGAAACCAGACUGACGUCGCCAUAGUUCACAUUCUGUUUCAUAAACUAAACGUGAGCGCAGCAGUCAGUUUGCUUGAUGAGGCUAGCAUUAUGUCUUACUAAGCCGUCUUUCCUUGAUACAAGUCACCUAGCUUAUUCUUUUAUUUUUUAUUUUACCUUUAUUUAACUAGGCAAGUCAGUUAAGAACAAAUUCUUAUUUACAAUGACGGCCUACACCGGCCAAACCCGGACGACACUGGGCCAAUUGUGCGCCGCCCUAUGGGACUCCCAAUGACGGCCGGAUUGUGAUACAGCCUGGAAUCGAACCAGGGGGUCUGUAGUGAUGCCUCAAGCACUGAGAUGCAGUGCCUUAGACGGCUGCGCCACUUGGACAGAGAUGGUUAAUUCUGUCAGAUGUAUGAACAGUGUGUCUGUGUCUGUCUCACUCAGCUAUUUGAGGGCAUGAAGGCGUUCAGAGGGGUAGACAACCACAUCCGUCUGUUCAGACCCAACCUGAACAUGGAUAGAAUGCACCGCAGUGCUGACCGCAGCUGUCUCCCUGUGAGUAUCUCUCAGACCUGGUCCUGAAGGACUCCAUGUAAAUGCUGGUUUUCCACUCAACUGAACUGAACCAAGUUGUUAUAGGUUCUCUGUCCCUCCCAUCUCUGUGUAGUUGUUUGAUAAGGUGGAGCUGUUGGAGUGCAUUAGGAAGCUGGUGGAGGUAGACCAGGAGUGGGUCCCCUACUCCCUAGAAGCCAGCCUCUAUAUAAGACCCACCUUCAUUGGCAUUGAGGUGAGCACUGCUCCCCCUCUCACAGACACAGGAGACAGUCUCCAUGGUUUCACAUUUAAUGAUCAUCAUAUCAAUUUUUUUACCAUCUACACUUAGGCCCAGGUAGUGACAUAGAGCGGUCACUGUGUCCUCCAGUAACACCUCCAGUAACACUCUUCUCCUUCCUCCUCCCUCUCCCUCCUGGCCUCAGCCUUCCCUGGGUGUCUCGAGGGCCAGCCAAGCCCUACUAUUUUGCAUCGUGGGUCCUGUAGGGCCCUACUUUACCACAGGGGCCUUCAGCCCAGUCUCUCUGCUGGCAGACCCAGGCUACGUCAGGGCCUGGAGAGGGGGGGUCGGAGCCUACAAGAUGGGGGGGUGAGUAUCACACUAACACACACACACUUCCAAGUAGAAGUGACUCAACAAUUUGCGAAAGCAACAAUUGGAAUUUCCGAAAAACGAGACAGUGGUUUCUUAAUAGCUUAUUGGCUAUAUAACAACUCUUAUAUAACACCAUGGAAUUAUCAAGAUAUGGUCUGACUCUGGGGCCCCACGUUUACUUCUGAAUAGAGAAUGCUUGAGGCUUAUAAUGUAAUUGUUUAGCUAUUUUAACCAUGUGGAUUCCUUUAGAUUACAAAAAGUUGGCUGCAUCCUGGAUGUUAGCUGAACAUUAACUCAAUGUCCUGUCUGUCCUCUGGUAGCCAUGUUGCUUUGACCUCUCUCACAAGGUCAGCUCCCCCAGCAGGAGGAGCUGUUUAUGAGGGUUGGGUGUCUCCAAGGGAGCUGCCUGCUGAGAUGAAAUAUUCCACCACCCCUCCUCUCUCUCCCGUGUCUAUUCCUCCCUUUCACUCUCUUACUUUCCGUCUCUCUCCCUCUCUCUGUCAGUAACUAUGGGCCUACUAUAGCAGUGCAGAAUGAGGCUAUAAAGCAGGGCUGUCAGCAGGUCCUGUGGCUGUAUGGAGAGCAGGAGGAGAUCACAGAGGUCGGCACCAUGAACCUCUUCAUCUACUGGACGAAUGAGGGAGGAGGUCUGUUUGACUAUCUCUAGUCUGUACAGUGCCUUCAGAAAGUAUUCACACCCCUUGGCUUUUUCCACAUUUUGUUGUGUUAUAGCCUGAAUUUAAAAUGUCUUAAAUUGAGAUUUUGUCACUAGCAUACCCCAUAAUAUCAAAGUAAAUUAAUUACAAAUGAAAAGCUGAAAUGUCUUGAGUCAAUAAGGAUUCAACCCCUUUGUUAUGGCAAGCCUAAAUAAGUUCAGGAGUAAAAUGUGUUUAACAAUAAUAAUAGUGUUUAACAUGAUUUUUGAAUUACUUCCUCAUCUCUGUACACCACACAUGCAAUUAUCUGUAAGGUCCCUCAGUCGAGCAGUGAAUUUCAAACACAGAUUCAACCACAAAGACUAGGGAGGUUUUCCAAUUCCUCGCAAAGAAGGGCACCUAUUGAUAAAUGGGUAAAAAUAUAAAAGCAGACAUUGAAUAUUCCUUUGCGCAUGGUGAAGUUAUUAAUUACACUUUGGAUGGUGUAUCAAUAUACCCAGUCGCUGGGUAUAUUGACUUUAAAACAGUUACAGAGUUUAAUGGCUGUGAUAGGAGAAAUUAGGAUGGAUCAACAACAUUAUAGUUACUCCACAAUACUAACCUAAUUGACAGAGUGAAAAGAAGGAAGCCUGUACAGAAAAAAAUUAUUCAAAAACAUGCAUCCUGUUUGCAACAAGGCACUAAAGUAAUACUGCAAAAUGUGGCAAAGAAAGUAACUUUUUUUUCCUGAAUACAAAGUGUUAUGUUUGGGGCAAAUCUAAUACAACACAUAACUGAGUACCACUCUCCAUAUUUUCAAGCAUAGUGAUGGCUGCAUCAUGUUAUGGGUAUGCUUGUAAUUGUUAAGGACUGGGGAGGUUUUCGGAAUAAAAAAGAAAUGCAAUGGAGCUAAGCACAGGCAAAAUCCUAGAGGAAAACUUGGUUGUCUGCUUUCCACCAGACACUGGGAGAUGAAUUCACCUUUCAGCAGGACAAUAAACUAAAACACAACGCCAAAUCUACACUGGAGUUGUUUACAGUGAAUGUUUCUUGAGUGGCCGAGUUGCAGUUUUGACUUAAAUCUACUUGAAAAUCUAUGGCAAGACCUUAAAAUGGUUGUCUAGCAAUGAUCAGCAACCAAUUUGACAGAGCUUGAAGAAUUUUGAAAAUAAUAAUGGGAAAAAGCUCUUAGAGACUUACCCAGAAAGACUCACUAACAGCUGUAAUCGCUUCCAAAGGUGCUUCUACAAAGUAUUGACUCGGGUGUGAAUACUUAUGUAAAUGAGAUAUUUCUGUGUCAAUUUUGAAUUCAGGCUGUAACACAAUUUUUUGGGGGAAUACGUCAAGGGGUAUGAAUACUUUCUGAAGACACUGUAUGUCUGUUUGAUUGUCUCUAGUCUGUAUGCCUGACUGUCUCUAGUCUGUAUGCCUGACUGUCUCUAGUCUAUAUGCCUGUCUCUAGUCUGUAUGUGUGACUGUCUCUAGUCUGUAUGCCUGACUGUCUCUAGUCUGUAUGCGUGACUGUCUCUAGUCUGUAUGCGUGACUGUCUCUAGUCUGUAUGCGUGACUGUCUCUAGUCUGUAUGUGUGACUGUCUCUAGUCUGUAUGUCUGACUGUCUCUAGUCUGUAUGCCUGACUGUCUCUAGUCUGUAUGCGUGACUGUCUCUAGUCUGUAUGCGUGACUGUCUCUAGUCUGUAUGCGUGACUGUCUCUAGUCUGUAUGUGUGACUGUCUCUAGUCUGUAUGUGUGACUGUCUCUAGUCUGUAUGCGUGACUGUCUCUAGUCUGUAUGUGUGACUGUCUCUAGUCUGUAUGUCUGACUGUCUCUAGUCUGUAUGCCUGACUGUCUCUAGUCUGUAUGCGUGACUGUCUCUAGUCUGUAUGUGUGACUGUCUCUAGUCUGUAUGCGUGACUGUCUCUAGUCUGUAUGCGUGACUGUCUCUAGUCUGUAUGUGUGACUGUCUCUAGUCUGUAUGUCUGACUGUGUCUAGUCUGUAUGCCUGACUGUCUCUAGUCUGUAUGCGUGACUGUCUCUAGUCUGUAUGUGUGACUGUCUCUAGUCUGUAUGCGUGACUGUCUCUAGUCUGUAUGCGUGACUGUCUCUAGUCUGUAUGCGUGACUGUCUCUAGUCUGUAUGCGUGACUGUCUCUAGACUGUAUGCCUGACUGUCUCUAGACUGUAUGCCUGACUGUCUCUAGUCUGUAUGCCUGACAGUCUCUAGUCUGUAUGCGUGACUGUCUCUAGUCUGUAUGUGUGACUGUCUCUAGUCUGUAUGUGUGACUGUCUCUAGUCUGUAUGUGUGACUGUCUCUAGUCUGUAUGUGUGACUGUCUCUAGUCUGUAUGUCUGACUGUCUCUAGUCUGUAUGCCUGACUGUCUCUAGUCUGUAUGUGUGACUGUCUCUAGUCUGUAUGUGUGACUGUCUCUAGUCUGUAUGUGUGACUGUCUCUAGUCUGUAUGCCUGACUGUCUCUAGUCUGUAUGCCUGACUGUCUCUAGUCUGUAUGUGUGACUGUCUCUAGUCUGUAUGCGUGACUGUCUCUAGUCUGUAUGCGUGACUGUCUCUAGUCUGUAUGCCUGACAGUCUCUAGUCUGUAUGCCUGACUGUCUCUAGUCUGUAUGCGUGACUGUCUCUAGUCUGUAUGCGUGACUGUCUCUAGACUGUAUGCGUGACUGUCUCUAGACUGUAUGCGUGACUGUCUCUAGACGGUAUGCCUGACUGUCUCUAGAUGGUAUGCCUGACUGUCUCUAGACUGUAUGCCUGACUGUCUCUAGACUGUAUGCCUGACUGUCUCUAGACUGUAUGCCUGACUGUCUCUAGUCUGUAUGCGUGACUGUCUAGUCUGUAUGUGUGACUGUCUCUAGUCUGUAUGUGUGACUGUCUCUAGUCUGUAUGUCUGACUGUCUCUAGUCUGUAUGUCUGACUGUCUCUAGUCUGUAUGUCUGACUGUCUCUAGUCUGUAUGUCUGACUGUCUCUAGUCUGUAUGUCUGACUGUCUCUAGUCUGUAUGCCUGACUGUCUCUAGACUGUAUGUGUGACUGUCUCUAGUCUGUAUGCGUGACUGUCUCUAGACUGUAUGCCUGACUGUCUCUAGACUGUAUGCCUGACAGUCUCUAGUCUGUAUGCGUGACUGUCUAGUCUGUAUGCGUGACUGUCUCUAGUCUGUAUGUGUGACUGUCUCUAGUCUGUAUGUCUGACUGUCUCUAGUCUGUAUGUCUGACUGUCUCUAGUCUGUAUGUCUGACUGUCUCUAGACUGUAUGCCUGACUGUCUCUAGACUGUAUGCCUGACUGUCUCUAGACUGUAUGCCUGACAGUCUCUAGUCUGUAUGCGUGACUGUCUAGUCUGUAUGUGUGACUGUCUCUAGUCUGUAUGUGUGACUGUCUCUAGUCUGUAUGUGUGACUGUCUCUAGUCUGUAUGUCUGACUGUCUCUAGACUGUAUGCCUGACAGUCUCUAGUCUGUAUGCGUGACUGUCUAGUCUGUAUGUGUGACUGUCUCUAGUCUGUAUGUGUGACUGUCUCUAGUCUGUAUGUGUGACUGUCUCUAGUCUGUAUGUCUGACUGUCUCUAGUCUGUAUGUCUGACUGUCUCUAGUCUGUAUGUCUGACUGUCUCUAGUCUGUAUGUCUGACUGUCUCUAGUCUGUAUGUCUGACUGUCUCUAGUCUGUAUGCCUGACUGUCUCUAGUCUGUAUGCCUGACUGUCUCUAGUCUGUAUGCCUGACUGUCUCUAGUCUGUAUGCCUGUGCUUGUGUUUGCUUAGUGUCUGACUAGACUGUCAAUCUAGGCCAGGGCUUCCCAACCCUCUUCCUGGAGAUCUACUGUCCUGUAGGUUUUCAGUCCAACCCUAAUUUAGCAUAUUUGAUUCAGCUAGUUAAGGUCUUGUUGAGCAGCUAAUAAGUAGAAUCAGGUGUGUUAAAUUGGGGUUGGACUGAAAACCCACGGGACGGUAGAUCUCCAGGAAGAGGGUUGGGCAGCCCUGAUCUAGGCUGUAUCAAUGCUUCCCCCUAUUGGUUGUUAAUGUCUCUUCAUCUGGAUAUGGUGAAUUAUGUUAAACUCCAAACAACUGUGUAUAGCUUAUGUACACAGUCCUGUGUAGCUCAGUUGGUAGAGCAUGGCGUUUGCAACGCCAGGUUUGUGGGUUCGAUUCCCAUGGGGGGCCAGUAUGAAAAUGUAUGCACUCACUAACUGUAAGUCGCUCUGGAUAAGAGCGUCUGCUAAAUGACUAAAAUGUCAAAUGUAUGUGAGUAAGAGUACCUGUUUGUUUGUAUGCAGAGAGAGAGUUGCUGACUCCUCCUCUAGAUGGCAUCAUUCUCCCAGGAGUCACCAGACAGUGUCUGCUGGACCUGGCCAGAGAAUGGGUAAGUAGGGAUUAGUUAUUUGAGAACGGAUAGAUAGGAUUUAAGACCAUUGUAAUCCAUUGACAUAGAUGGUUAGAAUAAUUAUUUUAUUGGAAUUAUAGUGAUGCACAGUCAUACUGACUUGUUUUGUUUCCUUCAGGGGGAGUUCAAAGUGACAGAGCGCACCAUGGGCAUGAAGGAGCUGCUCGGUGCUUUGGAUUCAGGCAAGAUUACGGAGGUGUUUGGUGCCGGGACGGCCUGUGUCGUCUGUCCUGUCGGCAGCCUGCUCUACAAAGGAAAGGUAACCACAAGUCUUGGUGUAUUUACAUUUUUCUGAAACCCUUUUGUUUUGCCCUCAAACAAAAUGCUCCAGAUGAUAUUCUCCCCCCCCCCCCCCCAGACAUACCAAAUUCCUACCAUGCAGAAUGGUCCAGACCUGGCCAAGCGAUUCCACAAAGAGCUGACGGACAUGCAGGUAAGCAGCUCUGCCCUAAUGCUUGCUUUGACCCUUUAAACAGAGUACUUCUCUCAGAUAUUAAUUUUAACUAAAUACAUUUUGUCUGCUCUAAGCAACAAAAUAAAGAUUUUGCUCUUUUUUCGCCACUCUUCACUUCUCCUGGCGCCAUCCACUCCUUUACUCAGUAUGGACGGAAACAGAGUGAAUGGGCACCACUGGUCGUUUAAUUGGCAGAUUGCACAUGCCAAUCAUAUCGCGACUAGUCCUCCACUCCAUCUUCAAGACCAGCAGCUUCACAACAACCCAUAAUGCACUCCCUUUGAUAGGCUGGCUGACCGGCAGAGAUGAACAGGUCACGUCUGUUACUCUUGGUGUUUCUGCAUGGACUUUUAAAGGGAUAGGGUUAGUCUGUCAUUAAAAUGUUGGAACUUUCAUGCAAUCCCGACAGUUACACAAUACUGUAUAAGCAAUGCUGUGAAACGUCCGCAGCUUCGGUAAAACCAACCUAGUCUGUAUUUCUGUAUUAGGGGCAAAGUCAUAUUAUUUUUCCUAUUCAGUCCUUUAUCAUACUGUAGCACAGGUUACAGAAGAGGAUCGUCCUCCAAGCUUUUUAAUAGCACAAUCACUACAUGAGAUGGCCUAUAGGGUUGUAUUGUUGUAUUGAUGUAUUGUUGUAAUAGUUUAAAUAUGCAAUACGCACAACUAUUGUAGGGUAUUACUGGUAAGUUAUGUUGGUCAUUUGGUUUAUUUGCAAUAUGGGAAGAACUUUUUACAGGUACUUAAAAGGAACACUCCCGAGUGGCUGUGCCACUAGAGAUCCUGGUUCGAGUCCAGGCUCUGUCGCAGCCGGCCGCGACCGGGAGACACAUGGGCGGCGCACAAUUGGUCCAGCGUCGUCCAAGGUAGGGGAGGGUUUGGCCGGCAGGGAUGUGGGUUCGUUUCCCACGGGGGGCCAGUAUGAAAAAUAUAUAUACAGUGAGCUCCAUAAUUCAUUGGACAGUGACCAUUUUUUUGUUAUUUUGGUUCUGUACUCUAGCACUUUUGAGUUUGAAAGGAUACAAUGACAAUGAGGGUGAAGUGCAGACUGUCAGCUUUAAUUUGAGGGUAUUUUCAUACAUGUCGGAUGAACCGUUUAGAAAUUAUAGAAGCUUUUGUACAUGGUCCCCCCCAUUUUCGGGCAUCAAAAGACAUUGGACAGUUUAACAUAAUGUAGAAUAAAGUAAUCAUUGUUAAUAUUUGGUCGCAUAUCCUUUGCAUGCAAUGACUGCUUGAAGUCUGCGAUGCAUCGACAUCACCAGACGCUGGGUAUCUUCCCUGGUGAUGCUCUGCCAAGCCUGUACUGCAGCCAUCUUCAGUUCCUGCUUGUUUCGGGGACUUAUUGCCUUCAGUCUCCUCUUCAGCAUGUAAAAUGCAUGUUCAAUUGGAUUCAGAUCCGGUGAUUGACUCGGCCAGUCAAGGAUUUUCCACUUUUUGGCCAUCAAAAACCCCUUCGUUGCUCUAGCAGUAUGUUUAGGGUUAUUGUCUUGUUGUAUGAUGAAGUGCCGUCCAAUGAGUUUGGAGGCAUUUGGUUUUAUCUGAGCAGAUAAAAUAUUUCUGUAGACUUCAGAAUUCAUUGUUCUACUUCUGUCUGCAGUCACAUCAUCGAUGAAGACAAGUGAGCCUGUUCCACUGGCAGCCAUACAGGCCCAAGCCAUAACACCCCCUCCACCAUGUUUCACGGAUGAGGUGGUAUGCUUUGGAUCAUGGGCAUUUCUUAUUUUUCUCCACACUUUCCGCUUUCCAUCACUCUGGUACAUGUUAAUCUUUGUCUCAUCUGUCCACAAUACUUUUUUCCAGAACUCUUGGGGCUCUUUUUAGGUGCUUUUUAGCAAACUGUAAUCUCGCCUUUCUGUUCUUCAGGCUUAUAAGUGGUUUGCAUCUUGUAGUGUACCCUCUGUAGUCCUGCUGAUGUAGUCUUCUACGUAUGGUAGACUUUGACACAUCUACACCUGCAUCCAGGAGAGUGUUUUUGAUCUGUUGGGCUGUUGUCAGGGGGGUUUUCUUCACCAUAGAGAGUAUUCUCCGGUCAUCCACUACAGUGGUCUUCCUCAGUCUACCGGGUCUUUUGACAUAAUUGAGUUCACCGGUUGUUUUUUUCUUGAUAAUAAUGAACCAAACUGUUGACUUGGGCAUGGCCAGGGUUUUUGCAAUGUUCCUGAUUGAUUGAUUUUCAUUUCUGACCCUUAUGACGGCCAGCUUCAUUUGCAUCGACACUGCUGUCUUCCUCAUGUUGUCACACCCCAACAACAACCUCCAAAGGCAAUAGCAAAGUCUAGAAUCAAUACUAUUCAUCAACAGCUCUCCUGCAUUCACUAACGACACAAAUGAAUACACCUGCCUAAAGACACACAUCUGUGAAGCCAAUUUAUCAAAUACUUGUAGUACCUUAAAAUAGGGGGACCAUGUACAAAAGGUGCUGUCAUUUCUAAACGGUUCAUCUGAUAUGUAUGAAAGUACCCUCAAAUUAAAGCUGACAGUCUGCACUUCACCCUCAUUGUCAUUGUAUCCUUUCAAACUCAAAGUGCUAGAGUACAGAACCAAAUUAACAAACAAAUGGUCACUGUCCAAUGAAUUAUGGAGCUCACUGUAUAUUCCCUUUUAUGCAUUCACUAACUGUAAGUCGCUCUGGAUAAGAGCGUCUGCUAAAUGACUAAAAUGUAAAUGUGAAAUGAACAAUUGAGGCUGUUAGACAUUUUCACUGGCUGACAUCAGGAUUGUGUUGACUGUACUGUUAUUGUUAAGUGACUGUAGGAACAGAUCAGAUCAAAACCACGUCACAGGAUUUGUUACUUUCUAAAUGUCACAAUAUAACCUGAGGAAGUAGAAUAUUAUUUAAUAUAAUUAGGUUCUAUCAGGCCAGGAAUACAAAUGUUUAUACAUACCAUAUUGACACCAGAGGUGCUUUUUAACAAUCUCCUAGAAAUGAGUUUACACUGACCUUAGUUUGAUUUAAGUCAGGUGUGUGACUGAGCAGAAGAGAGAAAGUCAUGUGAUCGUUUGUGAGUGUCUCUUUCUGGAUUGGAAAGAUACCACUAAGAACGUGUUGUCGAAAGAUUGAGAUUAAAAUGGAGAGGUCGAAGUGAACUCAAGCAUGCACAGAGGUUAGCUAUAGCUACAUGAUAUACUUAAGCAAUAAGGCACGAGGGGGUGUGGUAUAUG